UAAAACAUAUAACAUUUUAAAAUGUAGUUUAAAAGUAUGUUUGUUUUUAACUUUAGAGCCUUUAGUGCAUAUGAAGAAGGUUGUGAAGUUGAUGUUGAUUGUGAGCACACAGAGCGAUUACUGCUUGAUGUUUAUACUGAAAAAUUUUUGUCCUGCAAUUUUCCCGACCCUUUUUCAUUAAAAAUUGGUUGGUGUGGCGAAGAAGAAGGCAUGAAAUCUUGGCCCAGUCUGUUUUUUAUGGACAUAGAAAAAUACUUUUUAAAAGUCAGUAGACAAGAAAAGCUAUGUAGAAAAUUAGAAAGUGAAUACAAGGAAGGAAAAGCUUAUAGAUACUAUUUAAAUAAUUUUAUUGGGGAAAUUUUUAUCCACAGUGUUGGUUGUGAGUCCAUAUAUUGUCUGUUUAAAACAAAAUGUGUUCCCUCCCAGAGAGUUAAUGCGAAAUCUUAUGAUGUUUGGGCGAUUGUUGAGAAGGAUGCAAAUGUUCAACCUGGGGGAACUAUUAUUGCAAGCUAUUGUACUUGCGUUGCUGGAUUAUUAGGAAUUUGUAGUCAUGUAGCUGGUAUGCUAUUUCGUAUAGAAGCUGCAGUAUUAUCGGGGUUUACACAACUCACUUGCACUCAAAAACUUGCAGAGUGGAGCAUUCCUUCUAAAAAGAAAAAAAUCGAACCAGGAAAACUAAUUUGACUAAUUUUGAUGUUAGUGCAGACCAUUACAAAAAAAAAGUUUUAAAAAGAAAUUUAAAUCAAUGCAAAGAUAUUGUGAAAAAGAGUCUUGAGUAAGUUCCAUUUUGUAAAGAAAAUGAAGCCUCCCUGAAAAACAAAGAGAAUACAAGAAAAAAUCUUUUUAAUGAAAUAAAGGAUCUUAUACCUCAAAGCUGUUUUGCAGAAGUAAUGGUUAGUAAAAAGCUUUCUUCUGAAAUAAAUAAAAAUACUGUAUAUGUUGAUUCAAUAAAAGAAGCUGUUGAGGAAUUUAAAAAAAAUCCAUCAUUUUCAGCUAAAGAAAAUAUAAACUUGGUUGUUGAAAAAUUAGUAAGUUGCCUUCACCUAACUGAUGAACAAAUUAAAUAUAUUUACGAGAAAACUAUAUUGCAAUCUCAGUUUAGAGAUUGGAUAAUCCAUCGUAAGUGUAGAAUGACUUCUUCAAACUUUAAGCAAGUAUAUUUGAUAUGGAAGUAGUACAAUAUUUGUACUACUUCCAUAUCAAACAUCAUAUUAGGAGAGUCGGAAAGUUUUCAAACAUUUUCAAUGAAGUAUGGAAUUGCUCAAGAAGUACAUGAAAAAAUUAAAUAUAAACAUUUAAUUAAAAAAUCACAUAAAAAUGCUACUUUUGCUAAUCCUGGAAUGACUAUUCUUAAAACACACCCCUUUAUUAGUGCUUCACCAGAUAUGGAAGUAUUUUGUUCAUGCCAUGGUGCCAAAUCUUACAGGUGUAAUAGCACGCCACAAAUCUUACAGGUGUAAUAGCACGCAUAAUUUCUUAAUCAAGAGUAAAAAUAACACAAGUUAAUGAUUUAGCCAUUGCUCUUAUCCAUGAUCGAAAAAUCUCAGAACAAGUUGAUACUCCAAUACUAAAUCCUACAGCCAAAUCUUGAUGUAGGCUUCCUAAUCUCAACUUCAUUAAAACAAGCAAGAAUUCAUCCUUAGAACAUAGUUUUCUAGGUCUACCUGUUUUUUUACAGUGCUUGUAUAUCGUUUUUUUCUUUGCAGUAGCAAUUGAAGUAGACUUAAACCUUUUAUGUACAAAUGGUUGUAUGAAAUUAUGAGGCUUGUGAAAUAGUUUUAAAGAAGAUAUAUUUGUAUAGAAAUUACAUAAUUUGUCAUUGUUAAU